AUGCUCUACACAAUGACAUUUUGGCUUCCAGUCCUGGGCCUCCAUUGGAUUCUUCUGAGCACAGCCCCCGUGGAGGCCUGCCCGGCUCGCUGCGAGUGCGCUCCUCAGAUCAAGUCGGUGGUGUGUCAUCGCAAACGCCUCACCUCCAUCCCCGAGGGGAUCCCCACCGAGACCAAGGUUCUGGACCUCAGCAAGAACCGGAUCCGCUGCCUGAACCCGGGGGACCUGUCCCCUUACCCUUUGCUGGAGGAACUCGAUUUAAGCGAGAACAUCAUCGUCAGUGUGGAGCCCGGAGCCUUCAGCAACCUGUUUCACCUUCAGAUCUUGCGGCUCCGAGGCAACCAGCUCAAGCUGAUCCCUUCUGGAGUCUUCACCAAGCUGACCAAUCUCACCCUCCUGGACAUCAGCGAGAACAAAAUAGUCAUCCUGCUGGACUACAUGUUCCAGGACCUGAGGAACCUGAAGAACCUGGAGGUGGGAGACAACGACUUGGUGUACAUCUCCCAACGGGCUUUCUCUGGCCUCCUAGGCCUGGAGCAGCUGACCAUAGAGAAAUGCAACCUGACGGCCAUCUCAGCCGAAUCCCUUUCCUACCUCCAAAACCUGGAGGUCCUGCGGCUCCGACACCUCAGCAUCUCCGCGGUGGAAGAUGGGAACUUCAAGAAGCUCUACAAUCUCCUGCAGCUGGAGAUCGACAACUGGCCGCUGCUGGAGGACAUCUCGCCCACCAGCUUCCAGGGCCUGAACCUCACGUCGCUCUCCAUCACCUACACCAACAUCACGGCAGUGCCCACGGCCGCCUUGAGGAACCUGGUGUACCUCAUGUACCUGAACUUGUCUUAUAACCCCAUCAGCACUGUGCCCAAGGGCUCCUUCAAGGACCUCCUCAGGCUGCGAGAGCUCCACAUGGUGGGUGCCUUCCUGGUCUCCGUGGAGCCUCAAGCGUUCUCUGGCUUGAGGCAAAUCCGCCUCCUCAACCUCUCCAACAAUUUCCUCUCCACCCUGGAGGAGAGCACCUUCCAUUCAGUGAACACGCUGGAGACGCUGCGCGUGGACAGGAACCCGCUGGCCUGUGACUGCCGCCUCCUCUGGAUCCUACAGCGCCGCAAGACGCUCAACUUCGACGGGCAGCAGCCCAUGUGCUCCUCACCCCCUGAGAUCCAGGGCAACGCCCUGCGUGACUUCCCGGACUCCAUACUCUUUGAGUACUUCACCUGCCAAAAGCCCAAAAUCAGGGACCGAAAAUUGCAGCACAUAACAGCCCGUGAAGGGCAGUCUGUCUCCUUCCUCUGCCAUGCAGACGGAGAGCCCGUUCCUGCCAUCAUUUGGGUCUCCCCUCAGCACAGGAUGAUCACCACCAAGAGCACUGGGCGAGCCACCGUCUUGCCCGGGGGCACAUUGGAAAUCCGCUUUGCCCAGGUCCAAGACAGUGGCACCUACAUUUGCAUCGCUAGCAAUGCCGGAGGCAAUGACACCUACUUUGCCACCUUGACGGUCAAGGGGCAUCCCGUGGACGGCUCCCUUUAUGCAAACCGGACCUUGUACCUCAGCGAGUUCAACGACACCUUCCACAACAACACGCAAGUCUUCUUAAAGUUUACACUGGACCUCAAGACCAUCCUGGUCUCCACGGCCAUGGGCUGCAUCACCUUCCUUGGGGUCGUGCUCUUCUGCUUCCUGCUCCUCUUUGUGUGGAGCCGGGGGCGGGGACAGCACAAAAACAACUUCACCGUGGAAUACUCCUUCCGCAAAGUGGAUGGCCCCACCACCACCGCCGGGCAGGGCAGCACCAGGAAGUUCAACAUGAAGAUGAUCUGA